CUUUGCCUCUGAAGCUUGAGCCACCGCCAUACAAACCAACUAACAUGUAUCCACUGGUAACAGGCAACGUAGAAAUUAAAGGGGAAGUCACACUAGAUGAAGGAGAUAAUAAAUGUAACACACAGGGGAGGAGGGGCGCACCCAUACACAUGGACUGUUAUGAGGGCCUUAGGAAAACAAGGGAAGAGUGUAACAAUACUGACAUUUGUGGUAGUGAGGGUGAAAACGAGAAUGAAGGAGAGGAGGAGGAUGACAUUGAGCAUGUUGGUGAAGGGUCAUCACAACCAUGUGUAAAACACAUUACUAAGAAUGCUAAAAGGAAAUUAAAGAAGCGGAACAAAAAGAAGGAGGAGUGGUCUAGUGGGACACAAGGGGCAGAGGAGCCUAGUUGCAGUACAUCAUUACCAAGCCUCACACCACUCGAGUUAGAUGAGAAACUAAGGAAAUCACAAAGAGGAAAAAAGGCACCCGACACCGUCCCAGGAAUUUUUCCUAUUUUAGUCAAAGGACAUCAGGUCCACUAUCAACCGUGGGGCACACAGGACUUGGAGGGAGUUAUUUCUAAACUCCCUAACAUUCAUAACGGGGCGUCUAAAUGGAUUCGAACAUUUGAGGAACUCACAGUGGGAAAGCUAAUGGCAGUGGGGGACCUGAAAGCUCUGUUGGCAAGAGUAUUGGGGUUAUCUAAAAUGGAGUCUGUACUGAGGAAUGGAGGGUUGGAUAUAAUGGACGUAAUGCUCGAUGGGAUUUCACUUGAUCGCUACAGAGUGGCGAUGUGGGCCACACUCAGAAGGGAGUUCCCGACCCAUAUCGAUCAUAAAAACAUGAGAGGUCUCCCUAUCAACGACACAGAGAAUCCUGCAUCCUACCUCCAGGCCCAAGUGGACAGAUGGCGCUUGGAGACGAAUGAGGAUCCUGAGAGCCAUCCUGUGUUUUCGGUCAUGUUCAGAAACUCUGUGAUAGAGAUUCUACCUAGCCCAGUCAAAGUUAAGCUGGAUGAUGUGGUUGGACUGGUUACAAAUAAAUCUCACAGAGACUUUUGCGAUCAUGUGGUUCAUGCAGUGGACAAAUAUCGGCAAAAUGAACAUAAAAUACAGGAACAAAGCAAAGAGGUGCAGAGGAAGCUAUCUCAGCUUCAGUUGGAAGAACUCACAAGAAGAGAGAAAGAGAAGAAGAAACAGGCGGUUGUUUCAGAACCUGUUGAUACAAUAUUGCAAGCCGUCCAGCAGGGCGCACCACAAACCCAACCUCCUCAACAGGCAUUCUCCCCCCCAGUACAACAGCCUCAGAGCCAAUGGUCACCCACUCCACCUGCCAUAAAUAUACACACACAUAACAAUGGGAAUCCAAUGGGUGGGAACAAGCAGAAUCACAACAAGGGGUCCCAGGGGCAGUAUAAAAAUAAUCAGCAGCAGGGGUCCCAAGGGCAGAAUAUAAAUAAUCAACAGCAGGGAUUCCAAGGACAACGCAGAGGUCCUUUAAUAUGUUUUGGAUGCAACCAGGAAGGACAUAUUAAGAAACAUUGUUUGAUUAACCCUUUUCCAUCCCAGCAAGGACAGGGUAACGGCUAUCAGGGGAGGCAAGAUCAAGGGAACUACAACCAGGGACAACAGGGUCCCUUUAUGGGACAGGGAUACUAGGGGUGCCCAGAGAAUCCACAGGGGGAGGGUCAGCUUGUAGCAAUCACAAAACAAGCUGAUGAGGAACCGAUACUGCAGGUUCUGAUAAAAUAUAGAGGCAUGCCAAUGAUGGCCCACACUGGAGCCACUAACACUUGCGUAGGUCCAAAUUAUGCCUCACACCUCCCCAUGACAGGAAAAUUCACCAAAACUUUAGAAUUCUCGGGACACACGCAGUUAAUACAUAUGACAGCUCCAAGUCAUAGGUAUAGCUCCAUUCUUAUUUUAAGUUGUAUAUGUGAGUGAGUGAGUGAGUGAGUGAGUGAGUGAGUGAGUGAGUGAGUGAGUGAGUGAGUGAGUGAGUGAGUGAGAAAGAGUUAUAUUGAGUUAAGUUUUCUUUGGGGACAUUCAUAUCUUUCGAUGGCCUUUUAAGAUUAAUAAUCUAGUUUUGGAGUGUGUCCAAAAACAAAAUAAACCAGAAAGGAAAGGAAAGGAUUACUGAAAGUGAAAAUGGUUAUGGAGAUUUGUGAAAGCAAAGGAAGUAGAUAAAGAGAGGUAAAGAGAGUUAGAGAGAAGGAACGUAAGUAAGGAAAACCCGCCGGUGGGGGCUGGACAGAGAGACAACAGAGAGAAAGAGAUUGAAUUUGCAUUGUGCUGAAUAGAUUAUUUGUGCGUUUGGAUGUACUCUGUAAUUGGUUCCUGAAUUUAACCCAUGUCCACUGUUUUAGAAAAAACGUAGAACCACCACUGGGAUGGGUGAUUCUGUGGUUCUUGGAGACUCUCCAACGCGUCGGAACACCAUAUGGUAUAUAUCAUUACAUCUUGGUACACAGAGCACUGGUGAGACAACGGGUUGGAUCGGAGAGAGAAGGUGUUUGGAGAAGGGAGAGGAAUGUAAUGACAGCAAAAAGGGCGGACACGGACCGACCCGGAGAUGGGUAGAAGCAGUCCCAUCAGAAGACCAAAGUGCGGCUACGGUAAUCAAGGUUCUGACUAGAGAAGUCAUGCCAAGGUUUGGAAUUCCGUCACAAAUUAGCUCAGGCAAUAGGGCAGCGUUUAUUCAGAAAACACUCAAACAAGUGAUUUAACAUCUGCAUGUCAAAGAAAGAUUAGGCUGUGUCUACAUUCCUCAAACCACAAGGUAUGGUGGAGAGAGGAAUCGGACGCUUAAGACAAAGAUUAACUAAAUUAAAUUAGAGUACUAAAUUAAAGGACUAAUGCAC